AGCAGCACAGUGCGUCGAGCGGAGACAUGGAGGCAGAGCUGCUCCCAUAAACCAGAGAGGAGGAGGAGGAGGACGCAUCAGAUGAAGAAGACGGAGCUGCAUGAUGUGUGAUCCUGGGGAGUGAACAUCCUCUCAGCAGAGCCUCACACGCGCGCGCGCGCACACACACACCCCAGCGUCAUGGAGCCAGUCCUGCAUUGAGCCUCUCCUCGGUGGGUUGGCAUGGCCCAGUGAUGAACGGAGCGGUGGUGCCCGGUAGCCCGGAGCUCUCCUCCUCGUGCCCACUGCCUGACUGGCGAGAGUUCUGUGAGCUCCAUGCUCGAGCCUCUGCUGCAGACUUCGCUGACAAGUUCCAGCGCUUCCUGUCGGAGAACCCGUGCUACGACUCACCCGGCGCAGAUGCCAGCUUCUCACAGCACUUUGCCCAACACUUUCUGGAGUGCUUCUCCGCUGCUGUGACCCAGGCCCGGGAGAACCAGGCUGCCUCGCCAGGGGAGGACGGUUCCAACACGGCACCCAAGUACAGCAUUGUUCCUUUCCUGGGAAUCCAGGGCUGCCCGUCAUCCUACGGUCACGACCUCUACCAGAGACGUAAGGACGCUGGGGCGUCAAGUGAAUCCCUGGACAGUAUGGAUAGCGGAGGGGGAGGGAUUGAUGGGGGAGGCAGUGGCACCAGUGCCGCUCGAGGCUCCCAGCCGGCCCACAAGGUGUCUGCUCUGGGACAGUCUCGCAGCUCAGAGGACGUUUCAGUCAAUCACCCAAAGGCUCGCUUCAAGAAGGGCUUCUCCCUGAGGAACAUGAGCCUGUGUGUGGUGGACGGGGUGAAGGAGAUGUGGCACCGACGGGCCUCCCCGGAACCCGACGCUCCCUUUGGAGCCAGGAAAGCUAUCGGGGGAGGUGGAGGAGGAGGAGGAGGAGGAGGAGGAGGUGGGGAGGCUGCAGGUGGAGAGAGGUGGUCCCAGAAGCUGCGGCUACCCAGGGGUUCCCAGGGCCACAAGGCCGAGCUGCUGGAAAUCCAGAGGGAGGGGGUGCUGAGGUACAUGGUGGCUGAUGACACAAACUGUAUGGGCGCCGCACUAUGGCAGAAGUGUCGCCUACUGCUGAGGAAGACGAAGAGGGAGGAAGGAGGGGAGAGGUUCCUGCUGGAGUUCUACGUACCACCCAAGUCCUCAAAGCCUAAAGUGAGCAUCCCUCUAUCAGCCAUCGUGGAGGUGAGGACCACCAUGCCGCUGGAGAUGCCCGACAGGGACAACACCUUUGUUCUUAAGGUGGAAAAUGGAGGAGAGUACAUCCUGGAAACCAUUGACUCGCUGCAGAAAAACUCCUGGGUUGCUGAUAUUCAGGACUGCACAGACCCGGGGGACAGCGGCGAUGACAUCGAGCUGGCGUCGUGUCCUCAUGGUCAGGCCUCCAAAGACUGCUCCAUGGUGGCCUCCUGCAGCUGUGAGCUGCUGUCUGAGGGGGUGUAUCGUGCUCCAGAGAGGUCGUGCCCUACAGCAGCUGAGCAUUACAGCGCCCCCUCAGUCCGCUGCAGGGAACCCCCCUUCACCCAGCACCCAUCUCACAUGCCUUUAGAGCGCUUCCUCCAGUCUCCCGAGGCUCAGGCCUCCAAUUCCUCUGCAGGUGGCAGUGAAGGUGCAAAAGACUCGGAUGGCGAUGCCAGCCUGGCAGGUUACCCAUGGUUCCAUGGUACGCUGUCUCGGGUGCGUGCAGCCCAGCUGGUGCUUGCAGGCGGGGCCAGGAGCCACGGGCUCUUUGUGAUUCGUCAGAGUGAGACACGGCCGGGCGAAUACGUCCUCACCUUCAACUUCCAGGGCAAAGCCAAGCAUUUGCGCUUGUCGGUGAAUGAGAACGGGCAGUGCCACGUCCACCACCUGUGGUUCCACACUGUGUCGGACAUGUUGAGACACUUCCACGCCCACCCAAUCCCCCUCGAGUCUGGGGGCUCAGCUGACAUCACAUUACGCUCCUAUGUGCAAGUGCAGCGAAGCUCCACCACAGAUGCGACUGUGCCUCCAAUCCCAACCCCACCCAGGGAUACAGGUUGCCGGACAGAGUCGGGCCAGCCAGCCCUCCACCCUCCCGGGAUGACAGCGCCUGCGGGGCCUCCCCCUGACACCCCGCUCUCAUCGAGCACCUCAUCAUCGCCCACCACCCUUCCCUCCCUCUCCCGCAGCGACCCAGGUACUGGAGGAGGAGUGGGAGGAGGGUUACAGAGCCGGAGCAACAGCUCUGAGCGUCUGCUGGAGGCCUCUACUGCGGCAUCCGAGGACUACCAUGACGCUGAUGGGACCCGCAGGGCCCGAGCUGUGGAGAACCAGUAUUCUUUCUACUAAAGCCACCCAGGGCUGGGUUCAGUCAUGUAUUUUCUGGACUUGGCGAUUUGCAGAAAGUCAGAGGAGACAUGGGAUGUUGAAAAUGAUCCAAAUCACAGGAUCAUCCGUUGUUUUGUUUGUUUCAAGGCAAUUUCCUGUUUCUCUGAUCUGAGAUAGGGGAUGAGAUCAUGCCAAACCACGUGUCUAUGCUGAUAAAUCCCUCAGGCUCUUUCAAAUUUACUUGUCAAGGGAUGGGAGUACACAGAUCUAUAGAGGUCUCUAGGCAGAACAGGGAGGUCUAGAUGUAGGAAAUGCAAUAGCGAAGAUAAACACAGGCGGAGAAAGCAAGAGGAAGUCCUCCAGUGGGGUCGGGUCGCUUUGAUUCACCUCUUCUAACCACUUCCUGUUCACCCUUGCCCACACUUCCCUGGGAGCAGAGCCCGUGUCACCACUCCACUGAAGGACUGAGAGACUGGAAUGACCCUGAAGAGAUAGUCCCUCCCUUCGGAGCUCCCAAGAGCAUCCAAUUGAUGUUUGUAAAGCUGCUUUGAGUCUGUCCCGGAUAUCCUCACUGUCCCCGUGGGGUUUGCCUACAAAGUCUCUGCUCUACACUAACAUCAGUGCAGCAAUCAUGGGUGUGUUAGUGUUAGCUCUUGGAUGUUUUACUCAAACGUGUACAGCCUAAAGGGUCUUAGUGCCUGACAGUUCCCUUGGACUUGACCGGAUUGUGGCCUGUAGCGAUGAAGAGGAGGAUGUUGACAUGUAUUCACAGCGGCCCAUGAAUUUAGAGCAGGGGAUUAUUUAACACAUCGGUUUCUUCUUGAAACGCACCGAUCACACAUAUCUCUGCAUACUGAAAGGGUUUCGUUCUAACAGUUAUGUUGGUAGCUACAACGUUCACGCAGGUGGUCAAAUUUUGAGUUACAAAUCAGUUUCAAAACGUCUUAGAGGAAAAUGAACAAUACAAGUUCAAUCUGUGCGAAUAUGGCGAUGUGGCAUACUGGGUUAUUUCUAUGAGUGUGUUUGGAGUCCAAAUGUUUUUCAAUGAUUGGUGUGCUACAGUAGUGUGUCCAAAACAUGGUUUUCAGGGUCCCUCUGUCUGAUGCUGGUUCUGUUUUCAAGCUCAUCAUAUCGAUAAACUGUAGAUUAGAGAUGCUGUUAAUGUAGGAGUUCACUUUGAAAUAAUGCCUUGAAGAUAUUAGUAUACCAAAUCCAUCAGAGGGGGGGGGACUUAAGGAGUGUUUGUUAGGAAGGUGGCAGUAUUGUGCACUGUUUGUGAAGCCUGAACUCGUGGCUGAACUGGAACAGAACAAUUGGUCCCAUUAACAGUACUAGAUGGCCAUGCUUGAAUAGAAAAAUGCGAGCUGGCUUAACAACCUGUAUCUCAUUUGUUUGGUUCAUGUAAAACCAAAUCCCAUUUUGCUUUGGACACGUCGCCCGACUUUGAGGUCACGACCAUUUGCCAGGCGGCCAGUGAAGAUUCCCAGCUAUUACCUAUUCCAAGAAAUAGUCCUGCGUAUAUCCCCUUGUAAAAUGAUAACUUGUUGUAUUUACAAUGUUUGUGCAAAUGAAACAAACUAGCCAGAAUAUGGGCAAUAGGCCUGGAUUGAGCUUUUUUGUGGAUGUUCCAGGCUAGCUGGUUUAUCCAUUUAGCUAAGCUAGAUUAGCUGACUCCAAAGCAAUAGCUAAUUAACACAUUUUACAUUUUUUACUCCGUAUAAAAGUCAAAGUGCUGGCAAUAGAAUGGCAUAUAUCCUUGUAAAAUGUUGAUUUGCAGUUUUUACACUUAAAUUUGAACUCAAAACAAUAAGUAACGUGUUAGUAAUUGAACUUUAGAGGUUCUGUUAGGUAGAGUUUCUUACUUUUGGACAGGGCCGUGCUAGCUAGUGUCCCCAUUUCCAGGCAUGGUGCUUAGCUAUUUUAGCUAGCUGUUAGCACUAAGUUAAUAUUUGCCGCACAGAUAGUGAAAGCUAUAUAUCAUUCAUCUCUCAACAGGACAACAAAUGACUCCCUUCAAAUCACUGCAAGCAGCUCCAGUAUUUCAAACAAAUGCAACACUUUAGUUCAGUCGGAACAAACAUAUCAAGACUCGGCGUCUGUCUCGUCAAGCAUGGCCAUUUAGCUUCCAAGGUGAAACUUUGAUUGAGUGGAGCAGACAAAGCAGUUCAUGUGCCAAUUUGAAACCUAUUUUUGAAACCUAUUUAUUCCUCGGCUGUUGUAAAUUACAUUUUUUCCUAUCGAGUCUUAUUUAUGUAGAGUUGAUUGAUUCUUCUUGACGAAACAUCCUCAGUGUAACACGUCUGUCGCAACAGUCCAUCUCACAUAUCACAGAGUGGCUCACGUCUCCCUUUUAUUUUCUUAACACUUCUUAAAGCUGAAUUUUUCUGUUGUCUGAGUGAGUUUUGAAGAGUCUGUGCAAUUUUGUACAAAGUGAUGUACUUGACAUACUACUUUAUAUUUCUGUGAAUAAAAUAUGAACAAACGA